AUGAUCAGGGCGUAUGCCCAACAUGGGAACCUCCAGGAGGCGCUGUGCGUCUUCAGGGAGAUGCCACAAAGGGUCCUGGACUGCUGUUGUGAGCGCGUAUCCCCUCAAGGGAACGGCCAUAUGCAGUGUGCAGAGGAGCUCUUCAGAAGAGCGCCCGAGCGCAAUUCGGUGACUUGGUCUGUGAUGGUGCACGCAUAUGCCCGUCUGGGGCAUCUUGAAGACGCCACGAUCACCUUAGAGAGAAUGCCGCAGCAGUCCAUCGCCUCUUACACUUCAAUCAUCUCCGCAAGCGUAGAGAAAGGUUUCGUGGAGAGCGCUCGGAAAUUGUUCGAUGAGCUUCCCCAGUACGAUGUGGUGCUCUGUAGUGCACUGUUUAGUGCAUAUGCCAAGACUGAGCACGCAAGGAGGGCCUCGAGAGGAAAAUGGACCAAGAAGUGUGGAAAGCUGGAAGAUGCUAGAAGUGUGUUUAACAGAUUGGAGGAACGGGAUGCGGUAGCCUGGACGAGUAUUGUUUUGGGACACGCUCAAAACGGGCUAGCUGAGAAAGCUGUUGAAUUUUUCAGCUGGAUGGUGAUGGAGGGGGUUGAGCCUGUGGAUGUUACGUUCAUUGCUGUGUUGGUUGCUUGCAGCCAUGGAGGAUUGUACUGGCAAGGCUGGAAGCACUUCUUGGGGAUGCAGGCGGAUUUCCACAUGGAACAGACCCUGGAUCACUAUCUAUGCAUGAUGGACCUCCUUGGUUGGGCCAGCAAGCUGGAACACGUUGAGGAGCUGAUCCAUAGCAUGCCGUUUGAAGCGGAUUUAUUGGCUUGGAAGAGGCAGCGUGUAAGAAUCAUGCCGAUCCAGCUCGUGAAUCACACGCUGUGGAGCAUGUUCUUCGGAUCAAGAAAGAAAGAGCAAGGAAUUCGUCAACGCAUCGGUUUGCAGAGAAUGGUGAUGAUAUCCCAUAGCGCGAAGCGACAACUGAAGAUCAUGCUCAAUAAGCCUGAUCCUCAAUCAGAAUAA